AAAAUCAGAAUUCAUGGCAGUCUACCCAAUAAAUUCUUUGUUAUUUCUCGUUUUUGUUCUGUUAUUUAUAUCAACACCCUUUUGUGAUUGCUUCCGUACACAAUCCGCAGGCGUAAGGGGAACUUUAAUGUGUGGAGAGAAACCGUUAGCAGAUACAAAGAUAAAAUUGUAUGACCAUGAUAGAGAUUUAAUGGCAACGACCAAAACAGAUGCACGGGGUAGAUUUCAAUUAAGUGGAAAAACAACAGAAUUAACUACAAUUGAUGUACAGUUGAGGAUUUUUCAUGACUGCGAUGACGGAAUAAUGCCCUGUCAACGAAAAGUAACUUUUAACAUUCCCGACUCUUUUGUUACCAACGGAGCUGUACCUUCCAAAUUUUUUAAUAUUGGAACUAUUAAUAUGCAAAUUGUUUUUGAAAAUGAAGCUAGAUCUUGUAUUAAUUAA